AUGAUGUCAAUACCAUUUAUGGAUCAAUCAAUCAUAUCGACUACAUCUUCAUUAAGUCAUAUGAAUUCAAUACCUUGUCGUCAGCCGUAUUCUCCUGCUUCGACAUCAUCAUUACCUGUAUGGAAAUCUUAUUUAUAUAAUUUACAAAUGCAAGCUCCAAAACCAAAUCCAAUUAUAUGUCGAACUUCUCAACCACGUCGUCCUAAACAAUAUGGCUUAGAAUUUUAUGGCCUUUUAUCACGUCAAGAAGCUGAUCAAGUAUUAUCAACAGCUACUGAUGGUUCAUAUCUUGUACGAGAAUCAUUGAAUCCUCCAAAUUCGUAUACAUUAGUAAUAAAAUUUAAUAAUGAAGUAAAGAACUAUAAGUUAUUUUUCGAUGGCCAAACAUCAACACAUUACGUAGGCGAAAAACAUUUUGAUACAUUAAAUGAUCUCGUACACGAUGGCUUAAUAUCAUUUUAUUUGGAAUCAAAAGCUAGUGAUUAUAUUGCUCUGAUGGCAUGUGAUUCACAAUGUUAUACAAACGAAAGUCCAUACGGACAAUACAAAGCACAAUUAUUACAUCGUGCACAAACACAGAAUAAUAAUUUGAAUCAAAAUGAAAAUAAGGAUAUAUCAACUGAUCGUUCGAAAACGCAAUCUCAACCACAAAUUGAUCAAAUAACGCAUGAUUAUCUUUUGCCAUCAUCAACUCAUAAUUCAUCCUCAGUGCAACAGCGUUCAUCAUCAGUAAAUAAUUCAACGACGACGACAACAACAAAUCCUAAUCAAAAAUUACCAUCAUCAAAUCCAUUAUUUUUCGAUCGUAUUCUUAUAAUGCAAGCAGAAAAGGGGCAUAAUUUUAAAAUACAUUCAUUUAAAGGGCCACAUUGGUGUGAUUAUUGUGCAAAUUUUCUUUGGGGUCUAGUACAACAAGGUGUUAAAUGUGCUGACUGCGGUUUUGAAGCACAUAAGCGUUGCUCAGAAAAAGUUCCACAAGACUGUGUUCCACAAAUGAAAUAUUUAAAAUCAAUAUUUGGUGUUGAUUUAACAACUUUAAUAAAAGCAACAACGCCAGCCUCGUCGGCUGUUUCAUUAACACCGGUUGUACUUGAGAAAUGUAUUAAUGAAAUUGAAUCACGACCGAAUGCACUUGAUACAGAAGGUCUCUAUCGAAUUGCUGGAUUUUCUGAUAUUGUUGAAGAAAUCAAAUUAGCAUUUGAACGUGAUUGUGAGCAUGUGGAUUUAUCUCAAGAACGAUAUCCUGAUAUUCACGCAAUAACUUGUGUUCUAAAAUUAUAUUUAAGACAAUUGCCUAUUCCAUUGAUUACUUUUGAUAUUCAUACACAACUGCUUGAACUUCGUCCAACAGCAUUAAGUAUAAAAACAGUUCGUCCAAUCAUACGUCGUUUACCACCAGCUCAUUUUCAUACAUUAAAAUAUUUAUCUGAACAUUUACUUACUGUAUCUCUUCAUUCGAAUCGUAAUCAAAUGACGGUUGAAAACUUGUCAAUUGUAUUUGCACCAACAAUAAUGCGUUCAGAAAAUCCAGAUCCAAUGAUUGGAUUAAAAAAUUCUAAAUCUAUUCAACGUUUACUUGAAAUUAUUAUUGAACAAGCACAUGAUAUAUUUUCUCCUUGA